UCCAUUUAAAGUAUCUGUGGCUGAUGGAGGCAGGCCAAUCUCAUGAAAGACAGUCUGAGCAAAUUGGGAUUAUAUAUUUUAAUUUUAAACUCAGAUAGUGGCUCGAGAUAUCCUUUGGUCUUUCCAUACCAUUCUGUGAAUUACCGUUUGGGGGGUUUCUAUGUGAAUUUGGGCAACUUGAUGUCAGACCUUGGUUGUACAUCAGAGGCAGAUACAGCUACCUAAACAAAAAUUCACCGCCCUGGUUGAUUUCGAUAUGCGUUGAGUUCAGAGCCAAGAACUGACCAGAGCCCUCUCUCCACCACCCCACUCCAAACCCUGAAAGUUUGCUUCAAUUGCACGGCUUCACAUUUCCAUCCCCUCCUUCCAAGGAUCUGAGGCUCAGCACUGAUACACAUGGAAAGACUUUUGGCAUCGCCCGUGCUAAUUUCAUCACUUUCGGGAGAACAUGAUGCCUGCUUCGUAUUUCCCCUUCAUUUCAUUCUUCUGCAUUUUCCGACAACACCACAGCCUGCAAGGCUGCAAAAUAUAUUGCAUGGCUACCUGAGAAGUGUGAGCUCUGCCCUGCACCCCGCCUCUCCCCCUUCCCAACGAAGCGCUUUUGGCACUGCGGUGCUCAUGGAAAAAGCAGUCGGUCCCUCCCCCACCCUAGGCUCCCUGCACAAAGGGGCGUGUGUGUUGGGAGUGGGGGGGACAUAGAGAACGGAGUUUUGCUUUUGUUAAGUUUGUCAUUCAGAAACAUUCGUUAACUGAUCAUACUUUUGGAGGUUUCAUCCUUAAUUGCAGAUUCCCGCAUGAUCACAAAAAAAAAAAAAGCAUUUAAACUGAUCAUAAAAAUGGCAAAACCCCAAUCUCUGACUUAAGUGUAGAAUUACCAUAGUGCCGAUUUGAUUAUGCUUCAGUGACAUCUGUUUAAUAGAUUUCCAUGAGAACUGUAAAUCCACGUUUACUUUCUUUGCAAAUUGUAUGUGAACGCCGAGCACCCAGGACUGCCCUGCUGCUCCCCUUCCCCACCACCGUGUGUGUCCCACACCCCCAGGAAUGUGGGGUGUGACUUGAUGGAUACGUGGGAAGGGGAUGCAGAAUCCUGGUUUUUUUAAUGCGUACCUCUUAUUUCCUUUUGUGUGUGGGUAUGUCUGCGUGCACGUUUGAAACGAAUCUGAGCAGCUUCCCACCUCAACCCCAAAGACUCGCGAAUCUCCAAAUGCUUUAUUUUGAAAACUAGGACAGCACUUUGCAGAAGAAAAAUCAGUCCAUUCACCGUUAUUUAUGUGAUUGCUGAUCGGCUAGAUGGAUAUAGAAAACACCAAGAAUUAUAAUAAUUUAUGGAGCGGAGCAGUGGUUUACAAACAUUAUUUCUCAACCCGAGCUUUGAGGGUUUCUUUGCUUCUCGGGCCUCGUUGGGUGCUACGGGAAUGGAGGAUAUUCAGAAUUUGAAGACCAGCCAGGUGAACUGACUGUCUUCCUGUCUAAGGUUCAAGGAAUAAGUGAGCAGCUAUUUGUGGCAGACAGGACAUGAUCCAUCUGUUCCCAGGUCUGGCUCGGGGCCGGGCGGCGGGAGAUGCCCGCGGCGCCCGCGGAGGCCCAUGUGGCGCGCUAGGUGGGACCCCGGCGUCCUGAAGGCAGAGGCCCUGGCCCUCCUGCCCUGUGGCCUGGGCAUGGCCUUCUCACAGUCCCACGUGAUGGCCGCCCGGAGGCAUCAGCACAGCCGGCUCAUCAUCGAGGUGGACGAGUACAGCUCCAACCCCACCCAGGCCUUCACCUUCUACAACAUCAACCAGGGCCGCUUCCAGCCACCGCACGUGCAGAUGGUGGACCCGGUGCCUCAUGACGCCCCCAAGCCGCCCGGCUACACCCGCUUUGUCUGCGUGUCUGACACCCACUCGAGGACGGACCCCAUCCAGAUGCCCUACGGCGACGUGCUGAUCCACGCCGGGGACUUCACCGAGCUGGGGCUCCCUAGUGAGGUGAAGAAAUUCAACGAGUGGCUGGGCAGCCUACCCUACGAGUACAAGAUUGUGAUCGCCGGCAACCACGAGCUGACCUUCGACCAGGAGUUCAUGGCCGACCUCAUCAAGCAGGACUUCUACUACUUCCCAUCCGUGUCGAAGCUGAAGCCCGAGAACUACGAGAAUGUGCAGUCACUGCUGACCAACUGCAUCUACCUGCAGGACUCGGAGGUCACCGUGCGGGGCUUCCGGAUCUACGGCUCCCCGUGGCAGCCCUGGUUUUACGGCUGGGGUUUUAACCUCCCGCGUGGCCAAGCACUGCUCGAGAAAUGGAACCUCAUUCCCGAAGGCGUGGACGUCCUGAUAACCCACGGACCGCCACUGGGCUUUCUGGACUGGGUCCCCAAGAAGAUGCAGCGGGUGGGCUGCGUGGAACUGCUCAACACGGUGCAGAGGCGCGUCCAGCCGCGGCUGCACGUCUUCGGCCACAUCCACGAAGGGUACGGAGUCAUGGCAGAUGGGACGACUACCUAUGUGAAUGCCUCUGUGUGCACCGUGAACUACCAGCCCGUGAAUCCACCCAUAGUCAUCGACCUCCCCACCCCCCGGAACUCUUGACUGCCCCCGCCGCCCCAGCCCUUCCCACGACAUCAGCUCCAUACACCUGGCCGAGAGCACGGACCCCCAGCUGCGCUUCCUUCCCUGCACACAGCCCGUCCAGCUCUGGGGACCAGCCCCGGCGACGGGCUGAGGCCUCAGAAUGAAGAAAAUCACCCCUGACUCUGUCCCUGGAGUCGGGACCCCGCGGGGCUGUUGGGGGAUCUGCACUCAUCGCUGAUUUCUGCCUGUCCCUUCCGUGUGUUCCUUGUUAAAGGACCUACUGUGCUCGCGGCUGCAUCCUGCUUGGGACGUGACAGUCUUCAUCUUCUCAGUUGGACGCCCUCGUGGGUUUGGGAAGCUGCUGCUCUUGGACGGAUUCUGAAGUUCUGGCACAAAAUCUCCCUCUCGCUGAGGGUCUGAGUGGCUGCACGCCUCAGGGUUGGGGAGGGUGGGCGGGGGUUGUCACAGCCUGAGUGCAGGCCGCCCUUCCGCUUCUCCCAGGCCUCCGAGGCAGCAAUCAGGGACGUCUCAGGAAUCGGGUUGCACCUGGCCAGGCCACCCAGCCUUCGGCUUCAUGCCGUCCCGUGUUUUCUUCCUGUGGGCAUUUUUGCUGAUGUGAGCGAUGGCCUGAGCACCCUGGACACCCGCUCGGAGCCUGGACUUGGUGGGGUGGAGGGGGGUUGGUUCUGUAGAAUGAGUUUGUUGAGGACCCAGGACUGGGCUGGAGGGUCCCCACGUGCCAGACGCCCCUGGUCCCCUGGGGUCUGCCAAGCUGCAGAACCCGGCAGCCAGGGGCGUCCAUGGGCCGAGGCAGCCCUGCCCCCUAUGUGCGCCCGUGGGGACGUGGACACACUCACACACACACGCGCCCCUCAACCCAGUGAAGUGAACUCCGUGGUUCCCACUGCUGUCCUCAGAUGUGUUCUGGCCCCCGGUGGGGUUACCCUCGCCCCUCGGUUCUGUCUCCCCUGCCCUUGGCUGAGAAGGCUGAUUGGUUCACAGUUGUGGUACUGGGUACCAGUUGCCCCCUAACGGGAACACGGCCCAGAGUCAGAGCCGGGACUGGACUCCCGCAGUUUCACCAGGGGGACUUCAAGGACUUCGGCGUUGGGAUGAGACUCUCUGAUGGACAGAGAACAAACCAGGCCUGCUUGGGGUGAGGCCAGCGACGCAGAAUUGGCACGGGCAGCAUUAGAUUCUUUAUUUAAAAUUUAGGUAUUUUGUUUAUCAUAGAUUUCUCCCCCUGCUUUAAUUUUGGUUUUUAAAAAUAUGGCAUUAAAAUAGUGUCAUUGAUCUCGAUCGCCGAGUUUUUUGGCGCCCCCUUCAAUUGUGUGUCCAAGAGGAGGGCUCUGCCUGCCUCCUCUUCAUCCCAGGCCUGGGAAGCAGCAUUUAACGAGCCCUUUGCAGAUGUGAUCUCAUUUCCAGCACUCCUGGAAGGUGGGGACUACUGGCCCUGUUUUGAGAUGAAGCGAUUGAGAUCAGAGAGGUUAGGUAACUAGCCUGAGGGUGCACAGCUCAAACGAGGCAGAGGCAGGAUUUGAACCUUGGUCUCUGGCUUCACAGCCCCCUGCUCUGCCAGCACCCAAAGCUCUGCCCCUACAAGGCGACGCAGGACUCAAGGCUCUUUUUCUUUAAGGAUCCUGUUCGGCACCUGUCAGGUUCGCUUUUCACGGAAAGCCCCUGGAGCCCUGGAGGACUCGGAUCUCUGAGCCCAGGAUCCCAGGAGACCGUGCUUGCUUCCCUGCAUGAGUGGGGCUCCCAUGGGGCGAGGGGCCCAUCUGGGGAGCUCAGGAGCCGCAGCGCGCUGGCGGGGGCCAGCUUUACUGUGCGGCGUGCGGGGCUUCAGGAGUCCCGUUCACCCACGCGGUUCCUGGUAGCCGGGGAUGUUUACAGGGUCUCUGGGGGCACCUCAGACGCACAGUGUGUGUGUGCUUAAAUGGGUGGCGACGACUCCAGGCUCUUUCGAUCGCCUCUCCUGAAUUUCUAUGAGGACCAAGAACUAUAAACUUAAAAAAAAAAAUCUUUUUCCUAAGGUAUCUUCAGAAUAUGGUGUAUUUUUAUGUGGAAAAUAAAAGUUAUGAAGGCAGCUGUUACUUUAAAAGAAAAAUUCAUUAAAAGUCCUUGAGGUAUGAAAGAUGAUGGCGUGCUCCUCAAUCAUUUCGGCAUAACUUGAUUGUGGCUGUAAUUUUUUUUUGUCAAGCAUGUCAGACAAUAAAGUCUUUGUAAAAAGAAAGA